UAUCUAAAUUAGCCGUCAAUGUCACUUUAACAUAAUUUUUUUCGAACCUGUCAAAGAAAUUUUUAAUUCUGUGAUUAAUUUUUUUCCACUCUUAAAUAAAAAUUAAUAAUGGUGCGAAUAACAGCGGCAUUAUUUAGAGUACCAGUAAUUAAAUUUCGGAAAGGACUAGGUUCUUCUAAUGCCCCUUCGGCACCUCCUGCUGCAGCAGCUCCUGCAGCAGCAACAGCUCAAUCGUCAGUUCAAUCUCAACCAGCAGCAGCAAUGAGCAGUGCUCCUAUUUCCGACAUUGAUUUACCACUACGCUACAGGCGCCGGCCUAUGUCACAGGAAGAGAUUGAUCUCAUCAACGGCGGAGGAGUUGUUUAGUUACCACCUUAUUGUUUGUAGAUAGAAUUUAGCUAGAUGGUAUUUUAAUAUAGUUGCUGGAAAAUAUUUAAAAAAAAAAUUAAUUUGUUUUAUUUUAUUGCAUUUAAUGUACCCUUUUGGUUUUUAAAAUAAAUGUAGUUGUUAAAAAAAGUAAAACUGGAGUUUUUUCCUUAAAU